AUGGCGUUGAUGAGCUUGACACCUGAACAAUGUCAGCUUGUCAUCGCAGUCUCCGUCUGUGAUUCUCAGAUAAUUACACAGUGUACGGAGGCUGGAAUGUUUCGUGACAGAAGCAAGUUUGGUCACAAGGACCAGAACGACAAUGUGUUGACUGUGCUGAGGACAAAACAAGUGAACAGAGACAGUGUCAGACAGAGACCUGAGUCGUCCACACAGACGGACGACGGAGCCAAUCAGUCCGAAGAUCCCAAUCGGCCGCCAGCAUGUUCAACAUUUUAUACCUGGCUGCACUCAGUGUGCUCGCAGGUGAGCUUCAAUGCCAGCAGAGUGACAUUUUGCUUCAAGAACGACUGCAUUCUGAUAUCUGGAGGAGCGGCUGACAGAGGCGUUGUUUAUAAGACAAACACGACAGUUCGAGACACAAGCAUCUGCUCCACUGUUUCCUGUGAUGCGAGUGGAGUUGCUGCUGUCAGUGUGUGUGGUCCCAAGGAGAAGUGCAAUGGAAAUGGCAGCUGCAUCUCAAACAACGUGUGCACCGUGAUCGGCUCCACGGUCGUCGGUUUCGCUGGGCAAGUCCACGCUGUCCCGAACCGCUGUGGCUACACUCUGUUCAAGUCCACAUCCAUCCCCGGCUUCCAGGUGGUGGGCGUCUUCCAGGAGAGACGCCGGAAAGACGUCAGCUUUUUGAAACGUGUGAUCCUGCAGCUGGCGGGAGCUCAAAUCUCUCUGGAACAAGGGAGUCGAGCUCUGCUUGACACCAGAGAGCUCAGACUCAACACCACAGCGAUGGUGGUCCAUGGAUGGGAGCUUACCAAGGACCAGACUGGAGUGACGGCUAAGAUGUCAGCCUCCAACUUCACAGUUUCUGUCCACUUCGAUGGCUCCAUCUCUCACAUCCACUUGACAGGGCCAAAUGGACACGACGCACACGGGUUAUGUGGAAAUUCCAGUCGCACUGUGAGUGAAGAGAAAGACUCCACACACAGUAUCAGCGGCUGUGACACGCAGUAUAACGAGGCUGCGGACCCGACUAUCAACUGCAGCACCUCAACUGACUGGUGUAACCUCCUGAAGCAGGCUCCCUUUACUGCUUGCAACAUGCAACAUGACCCAGAACCCUUCGUUACUGCCUGCACACAAACGCUGUGUAAAUACCCUGAAGGGGAUGGUCUCAAAUGCCAGUUCCUGGAGGCGUACGCCAGAGCCUGCAGCCUCUCCAACAUCACAGUGGAGGAAUGGAAGUCAGAGACCCGAUGCUCUGCUUUCUAUCAGGGCUUCUGUCAGGACACGUUCUGCAGUGAGCACGAGUUCUGUGGGCAGAAGAACAACGGGGGAACCGGCUGCGUCUGCCGGGCCAUGUUCGCCUCCAAGUACAACUCAACCGACUCCUUUGGAGAGCCAAUGGUCUGCGAGCAGAACGCUGCUAAGCUGACUAUGGCUAAAUGUCUCUUGGAGGACAAAGGCAUCGACUUCUCUGUCUUACAUCUCAAUGACGAGGCCUGCAAAGGUGAAAUGGACAAUGAGACCCACAUGGUGACGUUCGGCUUCGACAGGAAGAAAACCUGUGGAACAGUGAUCCUGGCAAACAACAGCCAAAUCAUCUACAAGAACACCAUUGUGAACCGGAACAGCUCCAUGUACGGCAUUAUCAACCGUCAGGACUCGGUUCAUCUCGACUUCUCAUGUCUUUACGAUCAGGACAUCAGGACCUUUACCUUCACACUCAAAGACAGCUCUGUCACCCAGCAGAUUACUUCUGGUAGAUGGAUUUACAAUCUCACCAUGACGGCCUACAAGGACCCUAACACCAAGGAAGCCUUACAACAAAGUACUGAAAUGCAACUGGACGAGCCGUUGUGGGUGGAGCUGAACGCGGACGGGCUGGAUGACAAAAUGGUUGCUGUGGUGACGGACUCCUGCUGGGCGACCGACCAGCCCAGCCCGAACGGAAGCCUGAGAUAUGACCUCAUCAUCAAAGGCUGCCCUAACCCCGCUGACUCCACGGUGAAGGUGAAGAACAACGGACAGGGAACAUCCAACAGUUUCUACUUCAACACAUUCAAGUUCUCUGCCAAGGAGGGUGAGGUCUUCUUACACUGCAUAGUGAAGCUGUGUGUCAAGAAGGGUAACAACUGCAUCCCGAGUUGUGGCCCGGGUGCGAGAAGACGCAGGUCCAUCAUGUCAAAGUAUGAGGAUGAAAACCCUGCCUUCAUCAAACUGGCCUGGACUUAUUGA